CGAAACCCGGCGCGUCCCGACCUUUUCAUGGAGAUCACAACCCCCCUGCAAGGAGAAGCGCAGCGGGGCUCGUCGGACCGGAGACCCCGGCAUCAAAAUGCUGAUAGUUGAAAAGACGACUGACUUCCCUACCGCCGAAUACUCUCUGGUGGAGGAUGUCGCCCUCCACUUCACGUGUUUGAUGGACAGGCUGAACGAGCAGCGUCUGUUUCAGCCAGACCUGUGCGACGUGGACGUCGUCCUGGUGCCGCAGAGGAGCGUCUUCCCAGCCCACAAGGGGGUCCUCGCCGCCUACAGCCAGUUCUUCCACUCCCUCUUCACCCAGAACAAGCAGCUCCAACGGGUGGAGCUGUCCCUGGAGGCCCUGACCUCCCAGGGCCUCCAGCAGAUCCUCAACUUCAUCUACACCUCCAAGCUGCUGGUCAACUCUUGCAACGUGCGGGAGGUCCUGAGUGCCGCCACCGUCCUGCAGAUGAACAACAUCGCCUCCUCUUGCCAGGAGCUCAUCAGCACCAGAUCCCUCAGCUCCGCUGUGGCCGGCAACAUGGCGUUGCCCCCUCCCAACAACUGUGGCAAAGGCAUCCCUUCUCAGUACUACUGUGACAUCAAGCAAGAGAUGGACUCCCCGCGCCCAAAAAUCUACGCUCGGGAGGGGAACGGCCCUUAUUCCUUACGCGUGGAGGAUGGAGCCGCGCGGGAAGCUAACCAGCAUCUCCCGGCAGUGGCCGCCAAGAAGUAUUACAAGGAGGAGAAAGAGGGCAGCCUGCCGGUCUGUAAGAUGGAGGGUGAGGAGUCCCAGGCAGGGCUGGGCAACCAGGGUUCUUACAACCAUGGCGAGCAGAUCAUUGUGGAAGUCAACCUCAACAACCAAACCCUCAACGUCUCCAAGGGGACGGAAGGGAAGCCUUCCACGGUCAACCAAGCGGUUGCCAUUGCCGCCGUGAUUGGAAGGCCCCAAGGGGACGGGCGUCCCGCGGAGGAGCACGAGGAGGCAGAAAACGGGGAAGGGGAAGAAGAAGAUGAGAUUGCUGAAGUUGGGGAGGAGGAAGAGGAUGAGCACAGCGAAGAGGAGGACCUGGAGGAGACCACUGAGGAGGAGGAAGAGGAGGAGGAGGAUGGGGAAGAGGUGGCCGACAUAAAGAGGGAGAAGUCGGGGCCACCCCACAGGCCCAGCAGGCCUUCCAAGGUGACGAAGCCGGCCAUGUCGACCAGGUCCCAACAGACGGCCAAGGUUGCGGUGGCCAUGGAAGAGGAGGAGGGGGAGGAAGAGGAGGAAGAAGACGGGGAGGAGGAUGACGAGGACCAGCGAGGGAGGAAGAGAAAGAAGGACCAGGACGGGCUCAGCCAGAAGGUCAAGCUGGAGGAGAAGCAGCACUACCCGUGCAAGAAGUGCCCCCGGGUCUUCAACAACCGCUGGUACCUGGAGAAGCACAUGAACGUCACGCACAGCCGCAUGCAGAUCUGCGACAAGUGCGGCAAGAGGUUCCUGCUGGAGAGUGAGCUCCUGCUGCACCACCAGACGGACUGCGAGAAGAACAUCCAGUGCUGCACGUGCGGGAAAGCGUUCAAGAAGCUCUGGUCGCUUCAUGAGCACAACAAAAUCGUCCACGGCUACGCAGAGAAGAAGUUCUCCUGCGAGAUCUGCGAGAAGAAAUUCUACACGAUGGCGCAUGUGCGCAAGCACAUGGUUGCUCACACCAAGGACAUGCCCUUCACCUGUGAAACCUGUGGGAAGUCGUUCAAGCGCAGCAUGUCCCUGAAGGUCCACUCCCUGCAGCACUCGGGAGAGAAGCCCUUCAAGUGCGAGAACUGCAACGAACGGUUCCAGUACAAGUAUCAGCUCCGGUCCCACAUGAGCAUCCACAUCGGCCACAAGCAAUUCAUGUGCCAGUGGUGCGGGAAGGACUUCAACAUGAAGCAGUACUUCGAUGAGCACAUGAAAACCCAUACAGGUGAAAAGCCCUACAUCUGCGAGAUCUGCGGGAAGAGCUUCACCAGCCGCCCGAACAUGAAGCGGCACCGUCGGACGCACACGGGAGAGAAGCCCUACCCUUGCGACGUUUGCGGCCAGCGCUUCCGGUUCUCCAACAUGCUCAAGGCCCACAAGGAGAAAUGCUUUCGGGUCAGCAACAGCGAUCCGAUCAGCAACAGCGACCCGAACUCCGUCGGCUUCCCUGCUGCCCAGAGCGCCAACCCGGCUCAUCUGGGCGCCGGCGGCCCGCUCCAUGCGACACCGCACUCCCACGCACUCCCUUUGCCGCUCAUGCAUGCUCAAAGCCUCCCCCCUCCGCCUCAUUUACCACCCCCGCCGCCCCUCUUCCCGGCAAGCAGAGUGAACUUGAACCACUAG